AUGUCUCGUUUGAAGUUUUAUCUGAAUGUUCGCAUGCUGUUGCUGAAAUUACCUUGUUGCUUAUUACACAUUGAAUUAUUAAAGACUCAUUCAACAUUGGAUUCUCUUUUGGGUUGCAAGAUAAAUAAUGGAGUAGCGAAAUGUUUUUCACAAAGGUUGAAAAUAUUCGGGUUCAAAGUUUUAUUAAAUAGUUUUAGUGGCAUUCUCAUUGCUCUAGCUGCACGUUCAUUCAACUCAAAUUUGAUGUCAACUGAAAUUAAAGAAUAA